AUGCCAGCUGUACGUGGUACAAGCGUCUUCCAUACCAACGUCGAAGCACCAUUUAUAUGCUCUCAGUGCGGUAUUCGCACAUUUCGCAAGGCUGAUCUACAACGCCACGAAAAAAUCCACACUGGUGUUAGACACCAGUGUCCGCACGAAGGCUGUAAAUUCUCGGCUUCACAAAGAUCAAAUCUCAACACACAUUUGGCUUUACACGAUCCAAGCAGGAGACGUGCAUGCCCUGAUUGCGCAUUCUGCUGUAAAGACCCCUCGUCCCUCAUAAGGCAUCGGAAAAGUCAACACAGUUACGUGCCGAAGAAAUACACUGUCGCUGAACAGCCCUUGAAAUUUCUUCCGCCCGAAGGCCCGAGUCCCAAUGAUCUUACCACCACUCCUUCCGUUGAUCUCCCCCACACUAAUCGUCCUAAAGCCGGCCGCGCCUCGGAGGUGGCUAAUCAACCUCAUCCUUCAAUACUUUAUCAGACUCCUACUCGUCUUGCCCCGAGUCCUGGCGCCAAGGAUGUUGUCGACAUUGCUGCAGCUCCUGCAGCUUCGCCAUAUCUACCCUCAAAGGACUAUGGACAGACCCCACUCAGCGCCCUACCAUUUCCUUUCGCCGAGUAUCCAUGCGCUGCGGAUUUUCCACCGAAUCUAUCCCAGUUAACGCUUCUCGGGCCAUGGCAAGGGUUUUACUCGGAAAACUCGCACCUUCCUCAUCCAAAUUCUCAAUAUUCCAAGUCAUUCAGUGGAGCGGAUACCGGCAAUGACAUUGCUGCUGGAUCAGGCUUUGGAAUGGCGUCGCAGAUAGACUUCGGAGUAGGGUUGGAAAUGGGAAUGCAAACGACGAAUAAUUUCAGCGUGGGGAUGGCAAUGAACGCGAACAGGCGUCUGACUCCUGCUCCUCCUCUUGUCCCUGCUCUGUCAAUGAGACCUACAUAUGGCCGCACUUCUUCUUAUGGGGUUCACCAAGCUCCUGCCAGACGCUCGAAUAUCUGGAAAGUAGGUCAAGACUACAACGAAACCCCAGGAGCUGGCCCUAGCACGCAUGCGUCUCUACAAUACUGCUAA